AUGUUACCCCGAUGGAGAGUCUUGGUGUCGCUCGUUACGGUUGGUCUGCUGCUCGAACCAUGUCGCUGCAAUCUGCCGCCGAUAUUCACCCAGGACAUGAACAAUCUCGCCCUGUCCGAGCAAACCCCGGUCGGGACGGUCGUGUACAAGCUCGAGGGCUACGAUCCGGAAGGCGGUAACGUAUCGUUCGGUCUGAUCGGUUCGGAUAACUUCAUCGCUGAUCCCAUCUCCGGCGACGUGCAGGUGAUCAAGGAGCUCGAUCGCGAGGCUCAGGACACACUGUCUUUCUCUGUUUCCAUCCGGGACCGGGUCAGUUCGACCGGUAUCGAAUCGGAAAAUGACAACAUCGUCAACGUUCCGAUCACAAUCAUCGUGCUGGACGAGAACGACAACCCGCCAGAGUUCCAGAACGUUCCGUACGAGACGGAAGUGUUGGAGAACGCCCAACCGGGCACGACCAUUUUCGAAGGCAUCCUUGUGACAGAUCGGGAUACUGUUGGAGAGAACCUGGAUGUGGCGUGCAUUCCACAACCACAGAACCCGGAUGCGUGCGAAAAGUUCGCUAUUGAGGUGACGGAGAGCCAGCAGGAUCGACUGACGGCCGUGGUUGUGUUGAAGCAACCGCUUGAUUACAACGAGCGAAUGAUCUAUCAACUGCUGCUUGAUGCCAGUGAUGGACAGUACAAUGCGUCCGCUGGGCUCGAGGUGCACGUGCGUGAUGUUCAAAAUGCACCCCCAGUGUUUCAGGGUUCGCUUGCGGCCGUGAUCAACGAGGACAGCCCAAUCGGGACGCUUGUGAUGGUGAUCCAGGCACGAGAUGGUGAUCGUGGACAACCCCGGAAAAUCGUCUACGAGCUGGUGACGAAUCCGAUGGAUUACUUCCUGUUGGAUAAGCACACCGGUGAGCUGCGGACGGCCAAACCACUCGACAAAGAAGCGUUGCCAGACGACACAGGGCUUAUCAUCCUAACGGUGAAGGCCCGUGAGGUUGUGGAUGGUGUGCCAGGCAACGACAACCUAACCGUCGCAUCCACGCAAGCGUCCAUUACGAUCCGCGACGUGAACGAUUCGCCGCCAAUGUUUAACAAGACCGCGUACGCGGUAUCACUGUCCGAAAACACGGCCCCAGGCACACCAUUGCCACUGGAGAUCAGCGUGCGUGAUCCGGAUGUGGGUGAGAACGCCGAAUUCGCGCUUCGUCUCGAGGACGUCUCGCAGGUGUUCGACGUAGAGCCAAAGCUGGUCACGGGCAGUUCGCAGAUAAGCAUUCGCGUCGCAAACGGAACACUCGACUACGAGAAUCCGAACCAGCGCAAGUUCAUAGUCCUGCUCAUCGCGGAAGAAACGAAAACGAACCCCCGGCUGUCUUCUACGGCGACGCUUACUGUCUCGAUAACGGACGCGAAUGACAACCGGCCAACGUUCGAACAGGACUCGUACUCAACCUCCGUCUCGGAGACGGCUCACGCGGGUCACCUGAUAACGACCAUCACCGCGAAGGACCUCGAUUCGGGUCUGUACGGUGACCAGGGCAUUCGGUAUUCGCUCUCCGGCACUGGCUCGGAAUUGUUCCACGUGGAUGCGCUGACGGGUGCCAUCUCGGUGGCGGAGUGUCCACUCGCAAGCCAAGACCACCGUAGUCGCCGUCGUCGCCAGAUACCGACCCUGGCCGAUCUGCAGCGUGAACAUCCGGAUCUGAACCACCUAAACGCGUCAGGCCGGGCCGUCGAGUACAUGACGUACCGUAUCGUGCACGGAGGCGAAUCGAAUGAGUACCAGGACGUCAAUGUGAUAGCGCCACCAACGAUAGCAACCCUAGACGACAGCCCUGAAGCGACCACGACCACGUCCGACGAGCGCGAUGAAGGUGUUACAGCGCGUCCACCAAAACCAGCACCGACACCAGUGGCUGGACCGGGACGAGCGCCCUGUUUGGACUACGAAACACAGUCCGUGUACUAUCUGUCCUACCGUGCCACCGACGACGAGGGUCGUGGCCAAACAUCCGUCGUAUCCGUCCGGAUCAGUCUGCUGGAUGCGAACGACUCACCGCCGGUCUGCGAAAGCCCACUCUAUCGCGCGUCCGUGGAUGAAGGCGCAACCCUUUUCGAACCACCGCUCGUUAUUCGAGCACGCGAUCCGGAUGUCGUGUCGGAAAUCAACUACCGGAUCAUUGGCAGCGAAGCCGUUGGGCGGCAUUUCGAGAUCGAUAAGCGCACCGGCCAGCUGACCAUAUCGAAAUCGGUCGCCCUCGAUGUCAACCAUUUGAAGUCGGAAAACGUGUUCUUCGGUGUCGAGGCGACCGACGGGCUGUACACGACGUUGUGCAACGUGAACAUCACCAUCCGGGACGUUAAUAAUCACGCGCCGCAGUUCGACCGGCAGAACUAUCUCACCUCGAUCGAGGAGAACUUUCCGAUUGGUACCAUAGUGGAGCGCCUUCAAGCCAUCGAUCUGGAUACCGGAAUCAAUGCCGAGAUCAGGUAUCGCAUCCAGCAAGGCAGCUUCGAUGAUUUUACCAUCGACAAUCGAACCGGAGUCGUGAGUAUCGCCCGCAAGCUUGACUACGAUCGACGCAACACGUACCAGAUGGAGAUCGUAGCAUCGGACGCGGGUACACCGAGCCUUUCCGGGACGGCCAUGUUGACGGUGAGCAUCAUCAACAGCAACGACAAGGCACCCUAUUUUACGCCCACGACGCAACGAGCUGAGGUGAGCGAAGAUGCAACGGUUGGGACGCUUGUGCACACGCUUGUGGCCGUUGAUCCGGAUGUGGCGUCGAGUGAAUCACUCGAUUACGCUGCCACCGAACCCAUCACGGCGGUUGACAAGAAUGGGAAGGAGGUUGGCGAGCUCGAGGACUUUAAGGACAUGUUCAUGAUCGACCGAUCGGGAAAGGUGUUCGUCAACCGGCGGCUACAGCGAGAUAGCUUUGCGGUCAUCCGUAUCACGGUACUCGUCACGGAUACAACAGCCCCAUCGAUACAGCAAGGCGAAGGAUUGCUCAUUAUCACGAUUACGGACGUUAAUGAAGAGCCACCGCUGUUUGCGCCACCCUGGACACCGGAAAACCCACACUACCGCUUCCAGGUCGUGGAAGAGCAACCGAUCGGUACUAUCCUGACGACGGUGCAAGCAACAGAUGCCGACUCGACGAUUGCCGAGUACCGGAUGACAGAAAACAGCUAUUUCGAGAUCCACAACACCACAGGACUCAUCCGAACGAAGGCUCGCAUCGAUUACGAAGCGACACCGGUGCUCCAGUUUAACGUAUCCGUCGUCGAUACCGGUGUUCCUCCACUAACGGCCACAGCUCAAUUCACAGUGGAGGUGGUCAACACCAACGACAACGAUCCGGAGUUCGAAAAACCGGAGUACACGUUGCAGGUUCGCGAGAACAGCCCCGUCGGGACGGUGGUUGGUGUUGUGCGAGCUCAUGAUGCCGAUGCCGGUUUGUACGGGCAGUUGACGUACGCGAUCGUCGGUGAUCAUGGUGGAAAUUUUGCGAUUGAUCCUGACACCGGUGCCAUCACGGUGCACAAUGCGUCCGCGCUGGAUCGUGAGGCUGAACAGGAGGCUAGUCUGACGGCUAUCGCGACUGAUCGAGCACCUGAAGGAAUGCGUCGAUCUACGACCGUACCCGUGCAAAUACGCAUCCUGGACGAGAACGACAAUGGACCGGUGUUUACGCAACAAAUCUACCACGCGACGGUCGCGGAAAAUGCUGCUCUUCAUCCUCCGGCAGCCAUUUUGCAGGUCAUGGCGACAGAUCCCGAUGAAGGAGCUGCUGGUGACGUCAAGUACGCGAUCCUUUCCGACAACGUUGGUGGUAUCUUCCGGUUGGACGCAAACUCGGGCAUCCUUUAUCCCGGAGCGAGCUUGCUAGGAAAGAGUGGCCAGUACCGCAUCGACAUCGAAGCCCGGGAUGGAUUGGGUUCGGGACCGCACAAUGACGCCGCGACGAUAGUGAUCGAAAUCCAGAGUAUCAAUCAACAUCGGCCCGUGUUCAUCAUGCCGGCACUCUACAACGCCACGGUGGAAAUUCCCGAGAAUCUGGCCAUGGCUGAUUAUCUGGUAAUGACGGUUAAAGCGACCGACAACGACUCCGGCAGCAACGGGAAGGUCCUGUACUACCUGCAGGUGAACAACGUGAACGUGCAGGAAACGGACGAGUUUAGCAUCAACGAAAUGUCGGGCGAGUUGCGGAUCCGUCGGCAGCUGGACCGGAAGCGACAAUCGCGGUACGAGUUGAUUCUUGUCGCUCGUGACCAGGGCACGCCGGCAUGGUUCGAAACACUGCGCUUCCUUACCGUGCUGCUGGUGGACGUGAACGAGAACUAUCCGGAGUUCCCGGAUGCGUCCAACCCGUACAAGUUCUUCGUCACCGAGAAUGGUGCGCGGGAUGUACGCAUCGGCAAGAUACAGGCGUACCUGGACACGCCGGAUCCUGCCAUCUUCUACUACAUGCUGCUGGGCAACGAGGAUGGUGCAUUCUACGUGGACAAAACCAGUGGUGAUCUGUACACGAACCGCUCAAUCGACCGGGAGGUGAACGACAUGUACGUGUUGUAUGUCCUCGCCAGCAAGCAGUCCGAUUUGUACGUCAGUGAGCAUGAGCGGGCUCUGCUGGCAACGGAGCAGCUCGAGCGGAAUGCGACCAUCGCGAAGGUUUGGGUUCACGUGCUCGACGUGAACGAUAACGCACCGGUGUUCAAACGUGACGUGUAUUACGCUGGUGUCAGCUCGAAGGCUUCGAUCAACGAGCUGGUAGCGAUCGUGAAUGCGACUGAUCGCGAUUUGGGUGCGAAUGCCACGCUUGAUCUGUUUAUCCGUGGUUCGUUCCUGUACAAAGACGGUGAAACCAAGACGACGGGCAGUAUUGUGCCAAGUCCGUUCGCUAUCUCGAAGGAGGGCAGAGUGUUGACCGCGAACUAUAUGGCCGAGUACAACCAGGACCGGUUUGUGCUGGAGAUUGUCGCCAAGGAAGUUGAAUCGCCGGAACGCGAAGCUGCAGCACGUGUGCACGUGUGGAUCUUCAACCCGGAGCAGCUGGUGCGUAUGAUCCUGUCUCGGCCACCGUCCGAGGUGCAUCAGGAUCGGGAUGAGAUCGUUUCAGAGCUGGGUAACGCGACGCAGCGGUUGAUCAUCGUUGACGAGAUCCGGUAUCACGUCGAUAGCCUCGGACGUAUCAGGAUGGAUUGGUGUGACAUGUACUUCCACGCGGUCGAUACGGCCACGCAGAUGAUUGUACCGGUUGAGGAGAUCCUUCGAGAGAUCGACGCCAAGUACGACUUUCUGCAGGAUUAUAACGCAGGCUUCUCGAUAUUAAAUGUGGUGCCGGCGUACGCAACCACCGCUCAGGAUGAGUUCGAUCUGGCGCUUGCCGCUCUGAUAGCACUGCUGAUAGUGCUGUUCGUGGGAGCAGUCAGCUUUAUUGUCCUGUGCUGCUGCUUGAAGCAUUGGUCCAUCACGAUACCGAGCGAAACGAGACGGAAGGACGCACUGAUCAAGAAGCAGAUCAUUGAGGAUUUGAACACGACGGAAAAUCCCCUUUGGAUCGAGCAAAAACUGAAGCUGUACGAAGAGCAAGAGCUCACGAUGCAGGUGUUCUCGGAGCCGGAAAUGUCCCAGCAACAGUCGAUGAACAACUCGGCCAACACCCACAGCUCACAAGAUCCAUCAUCACAGCUAUCUCUCACACUUGGGCUCGACCAUCAUCAGCUGCAUCAUCACCACCAUCUUCAGCAACAGCCCCGACGAGACUCGUACGAUCUGUCACAAGCCGGUGACAACACGUACGCCACCAUCCAGCCACGUAACUACGGCACCAGCAACCUGAGUACGGUGUUAGGAGCUUCCAUGGUGCCACCGGGUGGUCUAAGUUCGUCCGGUGUGACGGGCUCGAGUGGGGCAGGUUCGAGUGAGGUCGCUGACUACGCCACUCUGCGUAAUAGUCGAGCUCCAUCGCAGCUGUUCGAGUUCCGUGGAUCAACGUUCCAGGUGCAACAGCCGGGAGGUGGCGACCAGACGGACUACGUGACGGAGCUUAUGUAG